CUGAGCCAAGCGUCGACUUCGGUCGCUUGGAGUGGGUAGGGGCUCAGGAGGUGAGAAGAUCUGCGUGCGAUAGAAACACGGCACAAUUCAACAAUCAUAUCCUCCACUCGUUUUCGGCCCGGUUCUGCAAAUCCAACUCGACUGGGGAGCAUGGAGAGGAAAAGGUGGGAGUGCUCGGCUCUCCCGAAUGGUUGGAAAAAGGAAGAAGUGACCAGAAAGUCGGGCUUGUCCGCGGGGAAAAGCGAUGUCUAUUACUUUAGUCCCACAGGAAAGAAGUUUCGGAGUAAACCCCAACUUGCUCGUUAUCUUGGCAACUCUAUGGACCUCAGCACCUUCGACUUCCGGACCGGCAAAAUGAUCAUGAGCAAAAUGAGCAAGAACAGACAGCGUAUGCGUUAUGAGCACAGCAGUCAGAACAGGGGUAAGCCUGAUUUAAACACUUCUCUACCGGUGCGUCAGACAGCGUCCAUCUUCAAGCAGCCUGUUACAAAAGUCACGAAUCACCCGAACAACAAAGUGAAGGCAGACCUGCAAAAAGCCGUCGAUCAGCCAAGACAGCUCUUCUGGGAAAAGAAGCUCAGUGGACUGAAUGUAUAUGACAUAGCAGAAGAGUUGAUGAAAACUAUGGAUCUUCCCAAAGGCCUUCAAGUGUCCUCCACUGCAGGGGUCGGUCCGGGCUACUCAGAUAAAACACUGCUGUCUGCCAUCGCCAGCGCCCUGCACACUAGCAGCUCCCCCAUCACGGGUCAGCUCUCUGCUGCUGUGGAGAAAAACCCAGGUGUCUGGCUGAACAGCACGCAACCCCUCUGCAAGGCCUUUAUGGUGACCGACGAGGACAUCAGGAAGCAAGAGGACCUGGUGUACAACGUGAGGAAGAGGCUGGAGGACGCGCUCAUGGCUGACAUGUUUGCUCAAGGAGAAGAGACCGCCAGUGAUACAAAGUCAGUGAAGGAGGAGACCAACGGCAGCAGUGAAAUGGAGACUGUAUAGCCACAGGUGUUGUAUUCUUCUCCUGUGCUGCCCUACAGGAUAUUAACCAGGACGUGAAAGCUAAUGCUGUCUCUUAAUGGAAAAGUAACACUUUUUUGCUACUUUUUGCAGUGACCCUCUAAAACGGACUGUGAAACGCUUUGUUUCUUGGAACUUUUUUCACCUUUCUAAUUUUUUAAAAAACAUUUUGGUUUGUUUGCUCUGACUUCUGAUAUCAUCUUGCCAUAUUCCAGCUACAUAUGAGAUGUAGUGUGUUCUUUCUCUCGCACACAUUGUACGCAUAAAUGCAACUCAUCAUAUUAUAAUCAGUUUUGUUAAACUAUGCUAGAUAGGACAUUUAUGCAACCUUAGACUCGGAUCUAGAGUAACGUCAACCUAACGAUACGAUCAAUGUGGGAGUUAUAAAGGAAAUAGCGGUUAGGGUGUAACAUUUAAUAUAGACAAACAAAUAUAGUCACUCCUGAUCACUUACCUCUGAAAUAGGCUGACAUUCUUAGAACCUAAUGUCAAAAUUGGUGCUUUUCAAUUUCUUUUCCUCCAUUCUUCAGAUCAUGACUACAUUGUGUGUCCUUUGUGUGGUUUCGGUUAAUAUACAAUAUCUACAGGACUGGUAGCAGUUGUACAAACUAGAUUUUCUUGAACACUGAAAGUGAUUGGAACAUACUCGCCUUAAAUACCAGAGCUCUUAUUAACCCAGUGGCCAGAAAGGAAUACUUUAAAACUCAUUCAGGAUUCAAUCGGGAACAAAGGGCUCCAGGUGACACAAUUGAAGCUGUCAAUAAGGCGGCUCUUAAGCAUAAUGCACUUACAAUUAUAACCAGGAAGAUAUUUCAUUUCUUAGAUCAUUUUUGGUUUACAGUCCUCACUGCUUUUUGUGAUUUAUAAAGAAAAAAAAAUCACAAUUUAAAAGGUUUUGUUUUCUAAUUGACAUUUCCUUAAAAUGGCUUUUUAUUUUAAAAGGUUGUGGCCCAAAUGUUGAACAGGCUUCUGGUAGACAUUUCAUUAUUGCUGGGUAAAAAAGGUCAGUAUAAAAAUUAAAAAAAUCUUAUUUGGUGUUACUCAUUCAAUAGGUCACAUAUGCUUUUUGGAGGGAUUUGUUAGCAACGAAUUAAGAAAAUGUUCCUCUUUGUACAAAAGCUAGACUUUAUCGUUGUAAGCUAAGGGCACGAGUGGCAAGUCGAUUUAGCAUAACGGACAUGUUUAUUCUCUGUUCGACAAAGCAGCAAAUGAAAUGAACACUAUGCUAAACAGAACACCGCUCAGCCAAAAAAAUAAAAAUAAAAAAAUUGCAAAAGAGA